AUGGCUCUUUCGCCACGCGUCUCGAAUGAAACGUUAUUACCAACCACUACCACCACAACAAUCGAAAAAAUAAACAAUUUAAACAAUGUUGAUAAUGAUGAUAAUAAUGAUAAGACGGAAAAUUCUAAGCUCAAUGUUCCUGACACUUUAAAAGAUCGUGUUAACAUAGACUCAAAAGUUCCGGACAUAAAGGCAGAAGAGCAUGAAGAAUCACUAAAGAGUUCACAUAUUGUAAUUGAGAGUGAGGAUAGCCAUAGUCUAUCAAUUAAACGUGAUAUUGAGAAGGGCGUGAUAACAUUACCGUCAGUUAAUAAUGAAGUUAAUGAUUUAGAUCCCGAAAUGAUAAAGCUUGAUCAAAUUCCGAAGUUUGAGCCAUUGUUAAAGCCAAAUCUUGAAAAUACCGGGUAUUCUUUUAGUAGCCUUUGGGGCGGAUCAACAUUUUUUAGACAUGAAUCAAUGUUCAAAAUUGCAGCACUCUUUCAAUCACAUACGCGUCAAUAUGCCGAAGAGGUUUGUGAGGACCAGAGAGUGAUUAUCGACACAGUAAAAUCUGUUGAUGAAUAUUGUGCACAAAUUAGUCAGUCGAUGAUCGCUGCGCAACUACAAGCAAAAGUUAAUUUAGAACAAAUUGGUAUUGUCAACAGCCUUAUGAAACAAGUAGAAAAGACUCAUUUGCACAUCCACGAAACAUUUCAGACACUCAAUAAGCUCGAUAAAUUAUUGUCCGUGGACAUGCAAUUAGGUGGCAUAACGGCAAGUGAGCGAUGGCCAACAAUACAGAAACUUUUUGUAAAGACAAGACCAAAACCGGCGCAACAUGGUGGUUCGUUUCAAUUCGAGACUAAAAGGUUGUCAUUACAACAGCGUAGAACACAUCCGAGUGCUGUUGCUGUCACUUUUGAUACUGUGCUUUGUGCUAGACAUCAAGAUGUACCACUGCCCGAUUCUUUGACACCAGAAAAACAACAACAGCCAAUCAUAAUCAAAAGUGCAUCAUCUUCAAUGCAGCAACAGCAUCUGGAAUCAGAGAAUAAUACAUCAUCUCAAGUAGCUGAACAGAUCACGACAGCAUCAUCUUAUUCGUCCUCACCAUGGUCAAUCAGUCUGUCUCCAAUUCGUGAAGGUCUCAAACGAGUAGGAAGUAGUACUGGAAUAGAUACUUUAUUAUGGCCUUCAUCUCCUGCUUCCACUCAAAAUUCUAAUUCAUCAAAUACUAUUACACCUACUACUACUAAAAGCGUAUUUACAACAUCCCAAUCAUCGUCUGGAACUGAUAAUAAGAGCAGCAGCAGUAAUAAUAGUAUUAAUAAAAGCACAAGUAAUGUGAAAGCAUUGUCGCCAUCAUCUGCUUCCGUGUCUUUGCUUACUGCUAUGCUACGAAAAUCAACAAGUCUUCCAGAGGAUCGAAAGAAAAUGAAAUCAUCGUCUUCAAAAGAUCCCCCAAAAAAAUUAACCCCGGAUAAAAUGGAAAACAAAGCAACGAGUGCUGUUUCUAGUUCCUCAACUGAAUUAACACCACCUACUCGUCAUACUCGAACAUCAUCCGAAUCUUCGAAUAUGUCAAACAAUUCAUCUGAUUGCGAUGAGAUUUAUAUGAAAUCCUCUGCUAAUAAAUUAUCGAUACUGAACCCGAGCAUUACUAAAGCAACAGCUGAAAACACGGUGAAAGAAGAUCCAACAGUUGUUGAUAAAAAUCUUUCAUAA